CGGUUCCUCGUCACCGCGUGCUUUUCCCUCCGAGGAGCCACCGCUCCCCAUGCCAAAAUGAAGAAGGAAAAACUAAGUCGGUUCAUUCGGAGAAGGGGCCGACCAAAUAAUUAGGGGGAAGUCUAGGGUUUUAAUAAAUGAGUCACAAAAGUGUGAAUUCAAGAGAGGAGUGAAUUCAAGAGAGGGAGGGCGGGUGUUUUCAAAUAAUUCUUUUUAAACCCAGAGCACUGUAAGGACAGGGGCAGAAAGCUGGACAGCAAGGGGCUCGUCUCCGAAACCCAGAAGGCAAAAGCGUCAUAGAUGCUCCAUAAAGUAGAGAGAACUAGAUAAAGAAUGGUUGGGAGGUGUCCUUGCAAAAGCCACAACAGGAGCCCAACGUUGAAAGCCGCUGGUUGGCAGAAUAGUGAAACUCGGAACGCAAUUUCCGCGGUUGCAGUUUUCCCGCCGGAGGCUGGGUGUGCUGCAGCCUUCCUCCCGCGCAGGCGCGAUGCCACCCAGAGAGGAUGGAAGCCGUGGGUUUUCUGUGUUUCGUCGCUGCGGUCGUAGCGUGGGGCUUCCUCUGGGUUUGGGACUCCUGGGAAAGAAUGAGAAGUCAGGAGCCGGCUGGCGUCCCGGGAGAUGGAAGUAAGACCCUCCUGGUGAUCGCGCACCCCGACGAUGAAGCCAUGUUCUUUGCUCCCACUUUGCUAGGCUUGGCCCGCCUGAGGCACCGGCUGUCUUUGCUCUGCUUCUCUGCAGGAAAUUACUACAAUCAAGGGGAGAUGCGUAAGAAAGAACUUUUGCAGAGCUGUGAUGUUUUGGGGAUUCCACGUUCCAGUAUAAUGAUUAUUGACAACAGGGACUUCCCAGAUGACCCAGGUGUGCAGUGGGACACAGAGCGUGUGGCUGGCACCCUCCUCCAGCACGUGGAAGCCAACGGCAUCAACCUGGUGGUGACGUUCGAUGCAGGGGGUGUCAGUGGUCACCGCAAUCAUGUUGCUCUGUAUGCAGCUGUGAGGACCCUCCACUCAGAAGGGAAGUUACCUAAAGGGUGCUCGGUGCUCACGCUUCAGUCAGUGAAUGUGUUGCGCAAGUACAUCUCCCUUCUGGACCUGCCCUUUUCUCUGCUUCAUACCCGGGAUGUCCUCUUCGUGCUCACCAGCAAAGAAGUGGCACAGGCCAAGAGAGCCAUGUCCUGCCACCGCAGCCAGCUGCUCUGGUUCCGCCGCCUCUACUUACUCUUCUCCAGAUACAUGAGGAUCAACUCCCUGCACUUCCUCUGAAGCCUGGAGGGGUCUCCUGGGCUAAGGAACACAGGGAGAAGCAAAGACCAGAAUGCCUGGGCCCGGGCCUUGAGCUGGCAGAUCAGCCUGAACUGAAGAGAG